CCACCUUGUGGUUCGCGUUACAGGACGAAACAAAACCAGUUUGAAAAACCCUAAUUUCUGUGUGUUCGUUCAUCUUGUUUCCUCUCCGUGGUAUCAUCGGAGAAAGCGUGCGUAGACAAUGGGGGGAAAGAGGAAGAAGAGCGAAAGCGAGGGUGUCUUAGGAGAUGAAGAUAAUGAGAGGAGUAAUAAGAAGGAAAAGAAGAGUAGUACCAAGAAGGAUAUACUUCCAUCCAUGAUUAAAAACAAGGAGAAGAGAUCCGCCAUACACGCCAAGAUCAAGCGUGACAAGAAGCUUGAGAAGCGGAAGAAGAUUAAGUCCCGCGAUGCCGCAGAAGAGCGGGCACUUGAGCUCGGCGAGGAGCCUCCUCCAAGGAUGGUACCUCGCACCAUUGAGAACACAAGGGAGUUAGACGAAACUGUUUGCAGACCCGAUGAUGAAGAGCUAUUUGCUGGUAAUGAAGCAGAUGAGUUUAGUGCAAUUCUAAAACAAGAACGAAUGCCAAAGAUAUUGAUCACGACUUGCCGUUUCAAUUCAACUAGAGGACCAGCAUUUAUAUCAGAGCUUCUUACGGUGAUUCCAAAUGCACAUUAUUACAAGAGAGGAACCUAUGACUUGAAGAAGAUUGUAGAAUAUGCAAACAACAAGGAUUUCACAGCUGUUAUAGUAGUCCACACUAGCCGCAGGGAACCAGAUGCUCUCCUUAUUAUUGGCUUGCCUAAUGGACCUACUGCCCAUUUUAAGCUCUCAAAUCUCAUUUUACGCAAGGAUAUUAAGAAUCAUGGAAAUCCAACAGGUCAUAAGCCUGAGCUGGUGUUGAACAACUUUACAACUCGCUUGGGCCAUCGACUAGGAAGAUUAAUAAUGUCACUUUUUCCACAAGAUCCAAAUUUCCGUGGACGGCGAGUUGUAACCUUACACAAUCAGCGCGAUUUUAUAUUCUUCAGGCAUCACAGGUACAUCUUUGAGACCAAAGAAACUAAACAGAGUGACUCGAAAGGUAAAGCUAAAAAGGCAAAGGAUGGUAAGGGCGAGAAUAUCACUGAACAGAGAACCAUUGCCCGUCUUCAGGAGUGUGGUCCUCGCUUCACGCUUAAGUUGAUCAGUCUACAACAUGGAACAUUUGAUACCAAGGGGGGUGAAUAUGAAUGGGUUCACAAGCCGGAAAUGGACACUAGCCGGAGAAGGUUUUUCUUAUGAGGUGUUCUGGAUUCAUCUGUUGAGUUCCUUUUACUAGCACAGAAGCAAUUUCAAAGACGCUUAAACUUAAGCUGUUGUAAUGAUAGGGUGAUUGCAAGAGUUCUUAUUAUUAUUCCUCUCCUCUGAAUGAGUUGGGUUGGAAUAUCAUUGGAAACGUCUACGAUCAAUUUUUUGGAACUGUUUAUUGAGUUUUGCAGAGAUGACAUGGUAACCUUCGGAUGGAUAUAUGGAUUCUUUGUUUAAACUUUUAUGUUUCU